AUGUCGUCGAAUCCCUUUAGCGGCCUAGCGCUCGUGAAGCUAGUCGACACAUGGCCAUACUACCAGCGCAAUCCAGCCGCAUAUAAGACGUGGAUGCAGGAUUACUACUACUUCAUGAUUGAGGGCUACCCCAAGCCUUUCGGCUACAUGCACAGAUCCAUCCUUCAAGGGCUCAACCUGUCGCCAAACUGGCAAGUCAACAGUGAGCGGCGGCUGUUGACCAUGGUGCAAGCCAGGUCUUUCCAGGAGCGGACGCAGGUCAUGCGCGACUUGUUGAUGCAAGCCGUAAAGGAAGGCGCUCCAACAAGCCCGCGAAAGUUCUACAAUGAGGCUUUGCGAGUCGUGUCGGACGGCGAACACGUGCUUGACACCGACCGCAGUGGCCUCGAUCCCUUCGGCGUUGUCAGCUACAGCGCCCACUUGAUUGGCUUUGUGAAUGAUAAGGACGAAACCAAAUACUGGGUUCCGAAGCGGUCGGCAACGAAGCCCACGGUGCCAAACAAGCUCGACAGUACCGUUGCAGGGGUCAUCCGGUCGGGAGAGCGGCCUGUCGACUGCAUGGCGCGCAAGAUCGCCGUCGAGGCAUCCAUUCCCAAGGAAUACACGACGGCAAACAUCGUCGCGUGCGGCACCGUCUCGUAUCAGAUGUCCAUCACCAGCACGGGCAAACCUGGUUGCCAGCAUAUCAUCUCGUACCUCUACGAGAUGGAGUUUGAUAAGGAUGUGAUUCCGCAGCCAGGGAGUGACGAGGUCGAGAAGUUUACCCUCAUGACCCUGGACGAUGUCAAGGCCGCGUUGAUGGAGGGCGAGUUCGUAGCGAACAGGGCCAUGUUCUCCUGUGGUUCUCUGCUAGUUCCGCGUGCCAGAAUGGCCUCGACUCCUGUCUCAGAGGCGCCUCCGCGCUUCGACGGUGGGAUUCUUAUACAGACUCUGGGGGGAACCGAAAUCUCAUCGUUGGAUGCCGUCAUUGAGCAAGAUGGCUCUGGCCUGCUUUUGGAUGAUCCAGUCUUUGGCUUCCCUGGCGGGUCUCUAUUUCCUGCCACCGUCCAGUAG